AUGCGUCGGCAGCGACGAGGGCCAUCGGUGGCGUUACUUGCGCUGUUGCUUGGUGCUGCAGCGUGUGCGUCUGCAGUGCCGGUUGAUGUGGAGGCUGGAGACGCAGCCUUCCAGAUCGCGGAAGCUUUCGAGAGCGUCCCGGGCGAGAACACGACGGAGCUUCUGGACGAGGUUGUGAUGCCAGCAUCAUUGGAGAGCAAGGCAGCGGUGCCACCGCCACUACCAGUGGACCCGGAGCCGCGUGACUUGAGACCAGUUGAGGUAUCCACAGGGAAGCAUCACUACUCAAGUAUCUUCCCGGUGCCCUAUGGAGGGGCAUUCGUUGCUGUGGAAGCUACGGCUCUUCUUGUCGGGGGAGCGACGAUCGUCGUUCUACUCAUCGCCAAGGCCAAAGCGCGCUCUGCUACGAUUCAGUUCGAGUACGAUGAAGACUACAUUGAUCCGAUGCUGCAAUCCCUCCUGUACAGCGAUAUGGACUACGCGGCCAUCUAG